AUGUCAUUGGUUUCAUCAAUUUCAGAAGAUUUCUUUAAAGAAAAAUCAGAACUAAUAGUAUGCAUCCAAAAUAAAUUGUGGAGGGGCUAUUUCAAGAAGGCUGAUGUGAAGGAAGAACAUAAUAAAAAUGUGGCUGCAGUUCAGAGCGCACAUUGUAAUUUUGGCAUUAACAACUAUAAUGUUAUUACAGUAUUCAUAUCAUCUGCUGAUUUCAAGGAAGAUAUUAGUGGCUAUUGUGAAGAACCUCUACCAAACUGCCUUAUUAUAUAUCGGCAUAACUUUGAAGACUUCUUUGGACAUAUCCUCAGUUGCCGUGCUGCUAUGCAAAUUUCUAGAGAACGUAAUCCAAAUUUUACUCCUCCAGAUUGCUGGUUAUCAGUUUCAACAAAAAUACCACAAGAAAUUAUAGAUAAAGUUUGUGCCAAAAGGCCUUUAUGUUCACCACAAGAUAUGUUUGAUGCUGACCCAUGGUUUAACAACUACAAGGAUGAUAUUAACAAUAUGACAUAUUCAUUGUACACUGAUGCCAUUGACCUUGCAAACUCUAAUAAGAAACACCAGCUUAGUUAUUAUGAGGUUGGCGGA